GAAGUUUAGGUAGCGUGACCCCCGGCAGCAGUGGUCAGGUCAGCCACUGGUCCCCCGCGCCACCCCUCACCCACUCCUGCCCCAGUAUUGGAAAUACGCGUCUACAGGCAUCUAUCACAACAACAUUGUGGUAUAAUUAGAGAACUGGAAAAAAAUAAAACAUGAACAGAAGUUCUCAGAUUAACAAUAUUCAAAGAAAAUAGGUGAUUAGUGAGAAGUUAUGUGAAAACCACAUGAGGGAACUGUGAGAGUGUGGAGAGUGGCCGUCAUCUGGCCUGAUGACGCCGACGGUGCAGGUGGAGGCGAAGGUGGCCGGGCACAGUAAGUGCCUGGGCAGGGUCCAUGACAUCAGCUACUAUCCCCAACCGUGGGACAAUGAGGCCACUAUCUGCACUUCCUAUACACGUUACAGAGUGUUUGUGAACGCCGAGGCUGGAGACCUGUCCUUGGAGGAGGAGGAGGAGGAGAGAGGUGUUGGAGGCCCCGAAGGGGUGGUGCCGAAUGGGCGAGGGAGUCUGAUCUGCGAACACUACGAUCCCUCCCCCCGGAGCUCCGAGGACUCUCACAACGCCGAGCGCUUCGAGAUAAUGGCCCGGAACUCUCUCUCCUCCAUACAGCAGCGGCGUCAGUCCACCGCCUCCGCCUUCAUUAGAGAGCCGCUCACUGCCCUCACUGACGACCGUAACUGGUCAUGGCGCUACCUCAGGGAGAGGUUCCGGAUCAAGGACCUGGAGGACCUCUUCGAGCAGUACCAGUUCCGCCUCCACCACGCCAUGCUCAUCGUCUACCUCUUCCUCCAACUCUUCCUCUCCUGCGUGGACAUCAUCGCCCUCCUCACAACUCAGCAUGCAACAGAGGACCAAAUGAUACCCGAGGUGACGGGCCACGCGGCCACCCUGGCUGUGUGUGUAGCAGUUUUGAUGUACAUGUACAACGAGAACACCUUCCGAGAGUUCCCCAGGCUGCACAUAGUCAUGUCUGGCUUAAUGGUGCUCACACUUUUCACCACAGACAUCAUCCUCACCCUCUACUUCCACUACAACGACGUCACCGGCGGCGACCACAAGGCUGUCAAGUUCGGGAACAUGGUGUACGUGCUGCUGGUGGUGUACGUGUUCCUGCCUAUCCCUCGCAAGUACCAGACCAUACUCAUGGCUCUCUUCCUCUCCGCCGGGUACCUCGCCCUCGGCUACUUUACCAUCAGCGGCUCCAACAAUGACAGCGACUCUUACCACGUCCUCACCAAGAUGUGUGUAGAGGCGAGUGUACUGUUGUGCGUCAACCUGGUUGGGGUGUACUGGAGCUUCAUGAGCGAGGUGGCCUUCAGGAGAGCGUUUCUUGACAUGCGCGGUAAUCUCGAGUCCAAGUUUAAGCUGGACGCGGAGAAGGAACAGGAGGACGGGCUGCUGCUGAGUGUUCUGCCCAAGAACAUCAUGCAAAAGGUCAAGUCGGACUUCCGCAACAUGAUCGAGCAGACCCUGUAUCACGCCAACCCCAUCUCCAAGAAGAACCCCUUCCCAAACCUGUACAUCAACCGACACGAGAUGGUAUCGAUUCUGUACGCAGACAUCGUCAACUUUACCCCGCUGACCACCAAGCUCAGCGUCGGCCAGCUCGUCGAGAUGCUCAACGACCUCUUCGGCAAGUUCGACGACGCUGCCGAGACUAACGCUUGCCUAAGGAUCAAGAUCUUGGGUGACUGCUACUACUGCGUGUCUGGUGUGCCGGAGUACACGAAGGACCACGCCAACAACUGCGUCAAGGUCGGCCUCGAGAUGAUCCACAUUAUCCGCGCCGUCAGGGAGGAGAGGCAGGUGAAUGUGGACAUGAGGAUUGGGAUCCACAGUGGCAGCGUGCUGUCUGGUCUCAUUGGUGUUCGCAAGUGGCAGUUUGAUGUCUGGAGCAAUAACGUCACCAUCGCCAACCACAUGGAGCAGACGGGCGUGGCAGGUCGGAUCCACGUGACCCAAAAAACCCGAGACCUUCUCUCCGGCCUAAACUAUGGCUUCGAACCCAGCGACGGACGGGCGAGGGACGAGCUACUGCAGGCGGAGGGCAUAGAAACCUACCUUAUCAUCCCUAAGCAAGGGCCGAUGAACAACAGGAAGGUAUCGUAUGCGCAGCCAGCGUUCAUCAAGCCAAGGAUCUCCAUGUCUGUAGACACCGAGCUGACGAGUCUCUACGAGGGUGACGUAGCCAGGAAGGUUGCCAAGGUGCAUCUCCCGCAAGGUGCUGGCCGCGGCUCCAUCCUCAACAGGAGACGAUCGACGCACACAGAGAGCUCGCUGACAGGCAAGCGGCGGACGGUGGUGACCGACAGCGCCCUGGCCAACUUCCAGAGGAUCAUGGUCAACUCCAAGAAGUUUAUGGAGGAAGCCAUAGAGAGUAUGCCGGUCAGCAAGUACGACCAGUGGUUCCAACCGGAGGGCAUCCACCCGCUGCUCUUGACCUUCAGCAAGGAGAAGUGGGAGGUCCCCCUCCUGCGGCAGGCAGACCCGCUCUACAAGUUCUACAUCCUCGCCGUUACGGUCAUCUUCCUCACUAUCUUCGUCACCCAGGAGGUCCUCAUGCCUGUGAACCAGCUGGGGUGGGUGUUGGGGGUCGUGUGUGUGGGCGUGUUGGUGGUGGUGGCGCCUCUGGUGUGGUUGUCUACCCUCCACCAGCGCCUCGUAGACCCCCACAAUGACCUCGAUAUUGACACCGUCCAGCGCCACCCCAUCAUUGAGUUCUUCUACGCCUCCUCCAAGACCAUUAUCACCUCCAUAGGGGUGAGGAUCGGACUCUUCCUCCUGGUGUGUGGCUCACUCUAUGUCUGCGCCAUCAUUAAUCUGCCUGAGUGUAAGACCUUGCUGGAGGCCGAGCUCUUGCGCAGCUCUGACGGCACGACCACCACCACCAGCACCGCAGAAUUGGCUCUUCCUGGAAACUUCACCUCACUUCAUAGAGGCUCAAAUAAUGUGCCAGCCCUCUGUUGCGACCCUUGGAACUUCACCUACAGCUGCACACUGGCGCUGCUGGCGGUCUGGACCUUCUUCAGGAUGCACUUCCUCCUCAAGUUUAUCCUGUACAUCGCCGCGCUCGCUGUCUACGCUCUCUUCGUUUACAACUUUGCCGAGGUCUACAGCCACGAGCAGCUGGGAGACGUGUGUCCGCCCCUAACGGUAUCUAGCCAUGCACUGAGCACUGGAUUUUCACACGUUCUCUUUGUCUUCACCGUCUUCAUAGCUCUGCAUAUGAUGGACAGGCAGAUGGAGUACAUCAUGCGACUGGAUUUCAAGUGGAAGCAGCAGCUGGAAAAGGAGCAGAAGGAGGCAGAGACAACUCAUUUCGCUAACAAACUUCUCCUGCAGAACAUCCUACCGCUACAUGUAGCCGAAUUGUUCCUGGGCAGAAAGACGCAGAUAGACGAGCUGUACCACGAGUCUUACCAACAUGUGAGCGUACUCUUCGCCUCCAUCCCCGGCUACGGUGACUUCUACCGCGAGAAUUUCAACAAUGAAGAUGCCACCAUGUGUCUCUCUGUACUUAAUGAAAUUAUUUCCGACUUCGAUAUGCUAACGUACAACGUGGAGUUCCUGACCAUGGAGAAGAUCAAGGUAGUAGGAAGCACAUACAUGGCCGCCUGUGGUCUGCAGCCCGGCCGGAGGAACAGCGACGACUUCACCAUCGAGGAAAGAGACAAACGGGAGAACGUGUUGACCAUUACUAAGUUUGCCGCUGCUAUGUUCGUGAAGCUGGAAGCUAUCAACAAAGAGCACAUGCAGCCUUUCCAGCUAAGAGUUGGUAUCGACGUAGGGCCGGUGAUCGCGGGAGUGGUGGGCGCCCACAAACCCAUGUACGACAUCUGGGGGAACACCGUCAACGUCGCCUCCAGGAUGGACUACACGGGCCUCGAAGGCAAGAUACACGUCACUACAGAAGUGGGCAAGAUCCUAGAGGAGCUGGGAUGGAAUGUCCAGUGUCGAGGAGAAAUCCUUGUCAAAGGGAAGGGAAUUAUGAUCACAUACUUUGUGGACCCCACGAGUGAUCCAGGUGACCCUGCUCAGCCCUCUGGAUAUAACAACAACAGCAGCAGCAACAACAACAACAACAACAAACCAGGCCAUGACCCGACUAGUGAGAGAAGACGUAGUAGUCAGCUCAGUCUCAAUUCUUUAAAGGGUCUUCUGUCGUCCCACAGAGGCAGCUUGGACAUCAACACCAGCAAGGAAGAAGACACUCAGAGCACACAGUCUUCUCCUGCAUAUAGACCAAUAACAAACGGGGUAGAAAAACCUGUAAAUAUUUAUGAUAAUGAAUUUCAAAUUGCAGCUAUGGCUCCUCGCUACAGUUUAGAUUCAAGAAUGGCAGAGCUCUCAAAGGCAAAAUCUAAAAUCAAUAACCCUUCUUCAGUUUUGGAAAACCACGAAACGUCUUUCGAUGACCAUGACACUGAACAAAUAGCCAUAUGUAACACAUCAUUUAAUCCACCACAGCGACACUCGUUUUCAAGUUUUUUAGAGUCUAAGGCGGAUAAUGUUAUUGCUGACGCUCCGAAAUUACUGGUACAACAUAGCUCAGUGGUAUCUCCUAGUUCACAAAGUACCAGAAGUGUGCCAGUCGUUCCUGUCCAUGGUAACUUGAUCACAAAAGCUUCCAUGACUAGGGACGGUGCUAAUUCUUGGUGUUCUCAAGACAUCAUGAAGGAGAGGAGCCAAUCCAAGCCACUACACGACUCCCUCACGAUACAAAAUGAAGAGUUUGACAAUAUGCGCUUUUAAAAGCAACGACUCACUUGACACUUUGAGAAAAUGUGAUAUUAGUGAUAACUUUUAGAUUACUAAAUGUUCAAAUAUAUUUAGACUAAAACUAACUACUGUGAAUUUAACAAAAAUAUGGAGUAUUUUUGUAUGUUUUUAAACUAAUGUAGUAAGCAUUAGUCAGUGUUGAAACGUCUAUGUUUAUGAAUAGGAGCCUACUCAUAUAGACAACAUUAUACACAGUCAUUAUCCUGUAAAUUGGAUAAUUGUUAUUUGCAAAAGCUUUGGGUGCGGUCCCAUAGACUGAGUGAUGUGACAAAGAGACGACCGAAAAUUCUCUGCACAGUGAUGCGAGUCCUACAGUUGCAAUUAUGAGACAGCAGGAGCAGUGUGCUGGGAGGAGCAGUGCGCUGGACGGGAAGUCAUUGAAGGCAACCUUUGUUAGUGUAUUUUAUUAGUUUCGGUGUAUUGUUACACGCAAUGUAUUACUGGUGUUUAUAGAGAGAUACCUAUCUCUGUCUUUUAUUUAUACGACGAUAACUUUAUCGAGUUGAUCACUGCCUAAUAAAUAUUAUGUAUUCUGCUAUAAAAAAACUGAUCUCUACAGAUGUUGAAAAUCAUUCCUCAAUGGUUACUACUCAAUAAACUCCCUUAAACAACGUUAUAUCUGACGCGAGCGCAUUAAAGCUGCGAAAGUGUUCAACUUAGAUAUUUAACUUCCCGAGAUGUUCACCUGAAAAUCUUGCAGUUAUUUCAGAAAUUAUAUCAAAUAUUUAAUACAUUUUUGGGUUGACUUUUAUUCUCCUGCCCAACUCAACAGAAGUUAGGCAGAAAAUUUUUAUGGAAAAUGUAUAGAAAGAUUCAUGUACUGUACAUUAUAUUGUAUUUUUUUGUGCAUCCUCUAGGUGACAUACAAUAUGUAAGAAUAUUUAUAAAUAAAUAUUUAUAAAUAAAAACGUCAGAUAAAUUUUAA